AAACAAAAGUGAAAGGAACCGUUUCCCAACUCUACUCAUCCUGGGGCCAGGAACUUGGAAGGAGGUGGCGCUAAGUCGGCCCGCCCCCACCGGGGGCAACCACUUUGUGACUUCACCCCUUUCUCAGCCACUCCGCAGCCCCCUCCCACGCCAUUCCGCCUCGAUCAGCCCGCGUGCCAGCUCGUGUGCCCCUCCGCGCCCGCCACUGCCACCUCGCUCCCAUCUUUCUGCUCUUCCCCUCCCUCCUGGGCUGGGACUGCCCCCGGGGCUAGAACCCGGCGCCUCCCCCUCCGCCUCCGCGUCCCUCCGCCUGCCCCCGUGGGGCUGGUGCUGCCGCCGUUGCCGCCACCGCCGUGCCCCAGCACAUGUCCAGUCUCCGCGGGAGCCACGGGCACCGCAGCACCACCUCUGGUACCAGGCCCUGCUGCCCUCUAGCCCGCUCUCGACGGCAGGAUGCUGUGCUUCCUCAAAGGCAUGGCCUUUGUCCCCUUCCUCCUGGUGACCUGGUCCUCUGCCGCCUUCAUCAUCUCCUAUGUGGUCGCUGUGGUCUUUGGACACGUCAACCCCUUCCUUCCAUACAUCAGUGACACAGGAACAACACCUCCUGAGAGUGGUAUCUUUGGAUUCAUGAUCAACUUUUCUGCCUUUCUUGGUGCAGCCACUAUGUACACAAGAUAUAAAAUUGUGGAGAAGCAAAAUCAGACUUCUUAUUUCAGUAGUCCAAUUAUUAACCUGGUGGCAUUAGUCCUUGGAUUGGUGGGCUGUAUUGGAAUGGGCAUUGUAGCCAAUUUUCAGGAGUUGACUGUUCCCGUGGUCCAUGAUGGAGGUGCCCUGUUGGCUUUUGUCUGUGGGGUUAUGUACAUCCUACUUCAGUCUGUCAUCUCUUACAAGUCAUGCCCACAGUGGAACAGACUUUCGACCUGCCACAUAAGGAUGGCCAUCUCUGCCCUGUCGUGUGCUGCUGUAAUUCCCAUGAUUGCUUGUGCCUCACUAAUUUCCAUAACAAAAUUGGAAUGGAAUCCAGAAGAAAGGGAUUACAUAUAUCAUGUAGUGAGUGCAAUCUGUGAGUGGACAGUAGCUUUUGCCUUUAUUUUCUACUUCCUGACCUUCAUCCAAGAAUUUCAGAAUGUCACUCUAAAGAUAUCUACAGAAAUAAGUGACUUCUGAAGAAAGAAGAAUUCUCUUUCAGUCAGUCCAUCUUGUGGACUUGGAUACCAAGAAAUUAUGCAGAGAAAUCAGGUUUCCAGGAUGACCUGUUCUUAGGGCUCUGCAGCAAGUUUAUGACUUGAAUUCCGUCCUGAAAACCCUCAUAUUGUAUUUGUCCCAAAGGCAUAUUUCCAAAAAGUCUUUAGGAAGUUUAGAAAUAUUCUGUAUUUUUCUAAGACAUUUAAAAGUGUAUAUACUAACAUAAAGUUGGUGCACAGAAAAAAUUCCUUAUUUCAAAAAAGUGAGAAUGCUUUAUUUUUGUACCAAUCCUAGGUGGUUGUUUACUUUUAAAAUUUUAUAACAAUACUGCAGAUGUCCCAUCUUUUUUUUUAAUUAAAACUGUUUAUUUUGUUUUUAAAGAAUGAUUUGCCCAAUUUUGUAGUAAGAACAUUUAUAAAUUCAGUUAAUCAUUGUAAUAUUUCCAAAUAUGUCAUUUCUACAAAGAUCUUGAUAAAGAUGUUAACACUGAAAAAGCCAAUGUUCUCUGACUCAAAUAGAAAUGGAUGCCUGCAAGCUGCAUAUUGACUUAGAAAACCACAGUUUGUACUUUAUUUUCACUUAUUUUGCUAAACAUUUCCUAAUUUCAUUUCAAUUUGGUGUUCCAUCAUGAGUCUUGAUGCUGUGAGUUUGACACCCUGGGCUAAGGAAUUCUUUAUAUUUUCAGAUAAUUGACAGCAAAUGUUUCAGGGAGAGUUCUCAAUUCCAUAUGAAGGUCUUAACUUGAAGUGGUCUUGAUAGCUCUGAAAUCCUAUGCAUUUAGUAGGAGAUUUCAGCUUUCAACCCUGCUAACAAUGGGACUUGCCAUGAGGCAAGAAUCUUCCUCACCCAGAAUAAAAAUGACCACCUGAAAAAUUAGAAAUUUAAAAUCUAAUUCAUAAAUCUGCAACAGAGCUAAGUUAAGGUGUGAGGGGGAAUGAGGAAAAAAAAAAGUGAAAUUUUUCAUUGAAUUUUCUAUCUAGCACCUUUUCAAAUGAGUAUGGAAGGGAUUUCUGUUAUCUAUAAAACUCUAGAAAAACUUGUAUGGGAAAAGCAUUUAAAGUUGGAAAAAAUUAUUUGCAGUGUGAAUAGAAAUUCAAUCAAAACUCUUUAUUUUACACUAACAUAUACAUUAUGUCCAUGAUAUUAGAUGAGGGACAAGAUGGAGGGAGAACACAUUUGUGUAGACAUUGGUCUCUUUUAUUUCUGAGAUGCUCAGGAAGAAUGUUAAAGACAAAAGACUAAACACAGGUUUACACAAAUCCAUUUGGCUCAGUGAUAUCUCGCACACGCACAUGCACACAUGCACUCUCUCUUUCUCUCUCUCUGUCUCUCUGUCUCUUUCUUUCUCUCUGUCUCUGUCUCUGUCUGUCUGUCUCGCUCUCUCUUUCUCUCUUUCUCUCUCUGUCUAUGUCUGUCCGUCUCUUGCUCAUGCCUUUGCCAGUUUUGUACUUUCUUGAUCUCCUCCAACCCAAAGAAAAUUUGUUAGUGGAAAAAAACGAACCCAAUAACAAAGGAGAAGGGAUUCUUGCCCCUAAGGUUGGUCUAGAUGUUUAACCUAUAUCUGAUUGCUUGCUGAAUUGAGGGAAAUGGGGAAAGACAGCAAGAAAAAAUUGAAACACAAGGUUUUGCAAAGGUAAAUGUGAAAACUAUAUUUGAAAAAAUAAAAUAUUAUUUUAAAAAUUGUCCUAGAGACCAUCAGGAGAAAAAUGAAUUCCAUUUACUAUCCUUGGACACCCAAACUUGGGAGGAAGAAGAUCCAACUUCUUGCUAGUUAAACUCUCAGGACACAUGGCAAGGGCAGCCCAACCAGGUUUUUCUUUUUGUGUUUUUUUAAUCUUGGUGGGAAUCAGGGAAUGGUUGAGUGUGGAAUAGAUGCUCAAUAAAUACUUCGUUGAUUGAUGAGUUGGGCAAAAUGACCUCUGCGGGCUUUCUUACUCUUAGAUUAUAUGAUUGAUAGUUUGAUAUCACUAAGCUAAGGAGAUUCAUUAGAUUGAAGUCAGUCAUUCUUCUAAAUCUUAAAUGACUGCCUUUGUAUCCCCCUCAAGGUGGGAACUGUAGGCAUUUCAGGAGCUGUAAUUACAAUGACCAAUAAUAUGGUAGGAUUCCAAGUGUCAUUGAAGUAUGGCAUGAACUCCUAGGCCAAGUUUUUCCAAUUAUGAUGAAAAAGGUGAACAAUAUAUUGUAUUUAUAUGGGACCUACACUAAGGCUACUUAUGAGGUGAAAUACUUUGUAAUGGGGAUAAAGUCUUAAUUUCUUUUCAUUGUCUAUUAGUUAGUUUUUUGGUAACCAACUAGAAUAUAUAUUAUAUAUUAUAUGUUUAACCUUGUAUACAGUUUUGUGUGGUUUUUACCGUUUGGGGGUAACUCUCUCCUAUGUGGAAAGUUAUGACAGAGAUUGAACUUCUGUGUGCUGUGUGGACUAGACAAAAUGGUGUCGCUCGGUUUGGAAAAUGGGCAGGGCCACGUGUCACCAUUUCCAGAUGAGGCAGUUCUGCUGAAUAUAACCCAAAGCACCUUUAUGAUUUUUAUUGCUUAUGAA